AUGUACGCAGCCGUGAAGCCCCUCUCCAAUUACUUGCGCCUCAAGACGGUGCGCAUAUACGACCCGAUUUUCACGCUGCACUCGAAGUGCACCAUCGUUAUCCUGCUGACGUGCACCUUCUUGCUGUCGGCGAAGCAGUACUUCGGGGAGCCGAUCCUUUGCAUCAGCUCCGAGAAGCACACGGAGUACGUGCAGUCCUACUGCUGGACCAUGGGCACCUACAUCCUGCCCGCCGAGGGCGAAAAGGGGAGCUCCAGCAGCUGGGACUUCGCCUUCUACUCGUCCUCGGCCGAGUCCUUCAACCUGAGCAGCCUUCGCGCCCUGGUGGCUCAUAACGAGCAGUACGCCCGGGUCAUCUCGAUCGCCGAGGGCGUAGGGCCCGAAACGCGCGGCGUCACCAAGAGGCUGUAUCUGCGCUACUACCAGUGGGUCUUCAUGAUUCUGCUCUUCCAGUCCCUGCUCUUUUACUUCCCCUCGUUUCUGUGGAAGGUGUGGGAGGGGCAGCGCAUGGAGCAGCUGUGCUGCGAGGUCGGCGACGCCCUCAUCCUAGAGGCCACCUACCAUACCCGCCUCCAGAUGCUCACCAAGUACUUCCGCGCCCACUUCGCCCCAAUCCACUGCUGCUACUCGAUCAAGUACGCCUUCUGCGAGCUGCUUAAUCUCCUCAUCAGCAUUCUUAACUUCUGGCUGAUGGACGUGGUGUUCAAUGGGUUCUGGCACAAGUACAUUCACGCCCUGGCCGCCAUACCGGUGUACGAUUGGAACCUGUGGAACCUUAUGACGUCGCGUGUGUUUCCCAAGGUUGCCAAGUGCGAGAUGUUUGUUUACGGGCCGAGCGGUACUCCGAAUGUCCUGGACAUCCUGUGCGUUCUGCCGCUAAACAUUCUGAACGAGAAGAUCUUCGCGGUGCUGUACGUGUGGUUCCUGUUCAUCGCGAUGCUGGCGGCCAUCAAUAUCUGCUACCGGCUUCUGCUUUUCUGCUGCGCGGAGUUACGGCUCCAGCUGCUGCGCACCCACCUGCGCGGCAUGCCCAAGGCGCAUGUUCGCGAGGUCCUUGCCAAUGCAGGAUACGGAGAUUGGUUUGUGCUCAUGUGCGUAAGCAUCAACGUAAAUCCCACGCUCUUCCGGGAACUCCUCGAGCAGCUCUACGUCAAGCAAAGGCAGGCACGCUCUAUGGACCCGUCCUUGGAGGUCAAACAUCCUUCGCAACAACUGUCGCAGGAGCCAUCGCACUCCCAUCCUAAAUUGGAAAGGAGUGCCAGCCGUAAUUGCAGCAUUGGGUUCGAUCCAAUGGCCGAUCGGCACUCAAUUCGCACAGUGAGCAGCCUUCGACUGGAGGCGAUGCCCACGGCUCCGACUCUUAAUUUAAUGGCGCCCAACGACGAGAUCAUCAGCAUGGAUCGCUUCUACCACGAGAGCCAGGCCUAG